CUACUUCUGAGACUAGUAACCGAAGACAAGCUGGAGGGAUGGGUAGUGCAGGGUUUUCGUAGCUAGUCAGUAAAGACCUUUUCAGCACCGAGGGAGAGAGAGCAAUGUCGGGACCUCUUUCUGUGCUUAAACAUCUACCCAGCAACAGAGGCGCCAACCUCACCCUUUCCCUCUCUCAUUGGCCAGCUUGAAUCGUAGUCUGUUGCUCUGAUUGGCCAUCCGAUAUCGUGCAGCUUUUUUUCCUAUUGGAGAAGUAGCCGGGAAUUUUUUUUUUCCGGGUUGGUCCGCUGGGGAGGCGGGGCCGGUUCUGCGGGAUUACUUUUCUAGACUCCAUUCUGAUUGGGUGGUAUGACGCAAUGCGCGCGCCCCAUUAGAUGCUAAACUGCUGGCCAGUCUGCUCUUUUCCUCUCAGUGCUCCUGCACUUAGGCCGAAUUCCUGGAGGAGUCUUCCGGGCUUGGGCCUCUGCUGUGGCGCUGUUGUUGGGCACGGUACUUACGGCCUGUUUUUCUUCACCUGUGGACUGGAGACUCAGGCCUCACUCACUUCGGUUCCUCAAUAACAGCAGAACCAUCAGCAAAUGUUUGUUGGAUAAGGACAAAUAAAAAGGUUGGAAAGGAGCGAAGCCUUUUUGACUUGUUUCAGUUGUUCCCGCCUACUCCAUCUUCUUCCAGUUUGCGGAACUUCUGGAAACUGAAAACUACCACCGUAAGAUAGAUGGGACUAGUAAAAACAGCAAAGCUCAAAUCCUUGCGAGCCUCUUGAAGGAGGGUAAUUUUCUGCUUACAAAAUCGAUGCCCUAAUCAAAUAAUUUGGUCCCAACACUAUUCCCUCAGUUUCUCUUUCAUUUAACAGUCCCAACAGUCAUGGAGAAGCGCCUUCAGGAGGCUCAGCUAUACAAGGAGGAAGGAAACCAGCGCUACCGGGAAGGGAAGUACCGAGAUGCUGUGAGUAGGUACCAUCGAGCUCUUCUUCAGCUGCGGGGUCUGGACCCAAGUCUGCCUUCCCCUAUACCCAAUCUGGGACCUCAGGGCCCAGCGCUUACACCGGAGCAGGAGAACAUACUGCACACCAUCCAGACCGACUGCUACAACAACCUAGCUGCCUGUCUCCUCCAGAUGGAGCCAGUGAAGUACGAACGAGUGAGGGAAUACAGUCAGAAAGUCUUAGAGCGACAACCCGAGAAUGCCAAGGCCUUGUAUCGGGCUGGAGUAGCCUUCUUCCAUCUGCAGGACUAUGACCAGGCUCGACACUACCUGCUGGCUGCUGUCAAUAGGCAACCUAAAGACGCCAAUGUCCGGCGGUACCUCCAGUUGACACAGUCAGAACUCAGCAGCUACCAUAGGAAAGAGAAACAGCUGUACCUGGGCAUGUUUGCUUAGUGAAGAAAAAGGAUGCUUCUCAACUUGAACUCAAGUGGACAAGUAAAGACCCAUCAAGGGAAUCUGAGCCUCGGCAAGAGAAAUUCACCCUUUACCUCUGACCCAGGUGGAUUUGCAUUGUUUCCUGUUCUGCACAGCUCUUUGCUACUUAGACCAUCUGCAUCGUUUAUUGUAUGUCCCAUAGUAUAUUUGAAUGGCUUUCAAUCCAUGUUUGCCUGGAGAAGUAGACUAGAGAGCAUUCAUCAACUGUGGGUGGAAUUGACUCUAUUUGUGGCGUAGACUUACUGAGAUGUUAGACACUUUCAGACACAGAGCAGAGGCCAGUGAAGGAUGCGACAGCAAGGAUUGGCAGAAGGAAUCUUCUGCUGUUUCCUCAGAUGCCUUUGCUUUUCCUACUGGGAUAUGGAUAUAUGUAAACAAGAUAAUUAUACAUUGAGCCCGAGUACAUUUAUAUUAAAGAUUUCAAUUAAUAAUUUUAGGGCUAAGAGUGUAGCUCAAUGUUAGAUGGCUUGCCUAGCAUAUAUAAGGCCCUGGGUUUGAUUCCCCAGUGCUGCAAAACUAACCAACUAACAAGAAAAGAAUCAAACUUUUGUUAUUUAAAUUAUUAUCUCUUAUACUCCUUUAAUAUUUCAGACACAUUCCGGUUUUUCCCCCCAUAAAAGUAUCUUCUUUCUAGGCAGGCAUGAUGGUACACGCCUGCAGUUCAAGCACUUAGGAGUCUGGGACAGUCACAAAUUCAAGGCCAGCCAGAUCUUGUUUAAUUCCCCUUUCUGUUUUUUUGGUUUGCUUUGUUCCCUCGUAAUUUCUAGUUCUUGCUGUUACUUGAACUCAGAUCAUGGACAUAGUACAACUUGUUUGUCAUUAAUUUAUUCUCUCUCUUUUUUUUUAAACUUCUGGAAUGAAUGUCUGGGAUACAUGAAACCCUGUUUUUAGCACUUCAAUAGUUAAGACUAUUUACUAACUCUGUCCUUGUGCCAAGAAGGAACCCCAGUGUUGGUGAGUUUUCCCUGGGUGUGUGUUUAUAUAUGGUGCUGGAGUUUAAACCCACCUUGCACAUACUAGGCAAGCAUCCUGUCAUCAAGCUACACAGCUAGUCCCACAGUAUUUUCUUUUGCAUUUCAGAAAGUAUUUCUCUGUGUAGCACUGGCUAGCCAUAUCUUAAUAUUUACUAGAUACAUUUCUAAAGUGUGUUCACUUUUCUGAAAGGCAUUCCUUCUUGAAAGUGUACCGUAAUAAAGCAUGGUAGAACUGUUUCCUUCUCAGCUGUCACUCUGUCUUGUAGGAGCUCAGGGCCUCACAGAGGAAAGACAUUACAAGGGAAGUUGUUUAUUACUUAGUGUUUUGGAAGCACCUGAUAGAACCCUUGAAGAAGCUGUGUCACUUAUGGGUACAAAUCUAGGGUUGUCCUGCCUCUGGCAUUUCAUCUAUUGGUGGCUGCUUUGUCAUUCUGUUUACUCUGGAUUGUGUUUAUGUCAUGGAUGCCAAUUAGUAGCUAGGACCACAUAAUAGGCCUCUACCUUUAUAAGUAGAGAUAAUAAGCAUGUGUCUCUAGCCAUCAUAUAAUCAUAAGCCAAAUAAGUUCUUGGGAUGGGAUCAACUAGUUAUUAAUAACACCUGAAACACUCCUAGUACUCUACACUUCUUUGUUCCUCCCCAUAAUUUAAAUAAUACAUCCAACAAGAUAAAAGGUUUUCUACCAAAUCUAAAAAAAAAAAAUCCAAGGACAGAACUAAGUAAAGUAGACUAUUUUAUCUUCCAAAUGUCUUAAACUGCUAAGGUUAGCAUAUGUCUGUGAUCUCAGCACUCAGGAGGCUGAGGCAGGAGGAUUGCCUGGCCAGUCUGGGCUAUAUACUGAAUUCCAGACUAGCCAGAGUUAUCUAACAAGAUCAUGUCUUAAAAAUCUCAGAUGGGGGGUUGGGGAUUCAGCUCAGCCGUAGAGCGCUUACCUAGGAAGCGCAAGGCCCUGGGUUCGGUCCCCAGCUCCGAAAAAAAGAACCAAAAAAAACCAAAAAAACAAAACAAAAAAAAAAAAAACCUCAGAUGGAUUGUGAAUCCUGUCACAUUGUUAGAAACCCAUUUGAAGUUUCUACUCAGUAAUUUUCCAUGUAUAAUCUCAACGCUACCCCUUGAUAUAUAAAUAUCCACUUGUCUAGCCGAAGUCAAUUAGGUCCGCUCUCUGCCCACUGCACAACCUGGUUGCUGAGGUUCCUGUGCCAUGACUGCCUGAAUGGUCGAAUGGUCUGUUUCCCAUGCUUUGAAAAAUUAGUUAAAAUCAUUGUCAUCUUGCAUGCUUCACUUCUUCAAAGCUGGUUUUGCUUCCUGGUUGUUGUGUAAAAAUUUGAUGUUAAAGGAAGCUAUCCACUACAUCAAUGAGAAAAAAAUAAAGCUGAUAUUCACAAAUGCA